CUCGCGAGAGGUCGCCAAAUCUUAUAGCAAGAAGGAAUAUUGAUCGGACGCUGUUGAUAAAAUUAGAGCUUUAUGCUGUCGUUUUAGCAACAUUUUUUGAAACAUUACAGUAUGGAAAUCGUACCAAAGGAGCUGCGAAAUUUGCGGGCAUGUCUCAUGUGUUCCCUGAUCAAGACACUUGACCAGUUUGAGUUGGAUGGCUGUGAUAACUGUGAAGAUUAUCUUCAACUGAAGGGCAACAGGGAUAACGUGUACGACUGUACAAGCACAUCAUUUGAUGGAUUGGUUGCCCUUACAAGUCCUGAGGAUAGCUGGGUUGGAAAGUGGCAAAGAAUAAAUCGAUAUCACAAAGGUUGCUAUGCCGUCUCGGUAACAGGACGACUGCCCAAUCAGGUCAUCAGAGAUCUCAAAAGCAGAGGCAUCACCUACAGAUCCAGAGACACUAGCAUGAGGUCAUGAGAAAUCAGAGAUUUCUGUAAAUACUACAUUAAAUAAGUAUGCACAUUCAUCAAUUUGAAGAGUUUAUUUCCAUAACUCAAUAAAUCCUACUUUUCAAAUGAACCACGAAGCAACCCUUGAACAAGGAUAAGUAUUGACUAAUUUGGGAACCGCCAACAUAGGGCUGGAUAGCUCAGUUGGUAAGAGCACCGGAACAGUUAUCCGGAGGUCGCAGGUUCAAGCACCGCUCCAGUCAAUUUCUUUGUUCUACUUUUCAAUUAUUGUUAAAAAUCCUUUUUUGAUAACUUAUAGAAUAGUAUUUCUCCUGGCUGUCCAAAGUCAGUUUUUCAUUGGUUGUUUGUUAGAUACAUGUAGUUAAAUGUAGUUAAAGCAAAAUACAGUACAGGGACGGGCAUGUAAAAAAUAACUUCUUUUUUUUUCAAUUUCAAGUUUGUUCGUUUUUUGCUUUUAAACAUCGCACUCAACCAUUCUGACUUUACAUUACAGGUAGCUUAGUUAAUUGCUUGUUCACAUUAAUGUUGUCGAAAAAAAGAGGCCGACAUUUCCAUAAUGGCGUUUUGCAUUUUCACAAAGAGACGCUAACAUGCUGCGCACAAAUGCUUUGAACAAAAGGACGUAAAAGUAGAAUUAGUGAGAUUUUUGUUUCAUGGAGGGAUGGACAUCUCCCAUUUGUUUUAGACGCGCGCCUGCAAAUAUGGGCGCCCUUUCCUUGUGGCAAAACACACUGCAAGUAGAUUGUAAAAGUAGCUCAACUGGAAUUUUUGUUUACACAUAGAGACAUGCGUCUUUGCUGGUCAUUUUGUCCAUCACAGUUUCAAUGACUAUAAGUGGGUUAACUAUAGAAAGGUAUAAGCUCAAUAGAAUCAUCUGGGCUUGUUAUUUACUGUAUAAAGAUGCAUUGUGCAUGGUACAUUUGGCAAUUUCAAAAUAAGAAAACUUCUCGCGAUUAUCUCGAAAGGUAUUUUUCUUCCCCCCAAAAACCCUGUACUGAUGACGUCACACUUUAUUUACAUGUGCACUUUCCUACGGAUGCAGCGGGGGGUGCACGGUCUACUCACCACCAUAGGAAAGCACACACGUAAACAAAGUGUGACAUCAUGAGUGUAGAGGCUUAUUGACAUGCCCGUCCCUUAAACCGGUGACGAUUUAUUCCCUUGACAAAUGUUCAUAAUUCCAGUAGAUUUGAAAUAAUAGGUCUGAACUUUGUCAGUAUUUUGGGCUUAACACCUCACCCUUACACUUUACAGCAUGUGUUGGUUCAACAUUAUUAAAGGUAUGCAAAUGUGUUGAUUAAAAUAAACUUAUGUGUUGUUUAUACA